GCACAUUAACCAGGGAGGCAUGGAGGCGAAUCGUCUGGAGGCGCAGCGCUGCGUGGAGAUAGCGCGCGAGGCACUGCGUGCCAAGGACUGCAGCAAGGCCGUUAAAUUCCUGCAAAAAGCGAACAAGCAAGUCAGGCUGUAUUUUGCUCGAUCUUUUUUUUUUUGGUCACUUUUGGAUGCGGAACGUUUUCAUCUUGCCGCGGAUGCUGAUUUGUUAAAAAAAGCACAAAAUAUGGGCAGUAGUAACGGUGGUUAUCAUGCAACGGGUACAGAUGCUGGCUAUGGUCAUUACGAUCAGUACGAAGCAGACUCGGCUGAUGAAGGUUCAUCUUCAAGUGUCAACGAACCGAAACAGAGGACACGUUCUCGUUCAGCGGCACGGCCACAGGUCGGCGUACACUACACCAAGGAAGAACUGGAAAUUGUCGAAAGGCUAGCUUUGCACGUAAAUUGCGUUUCAUGCGAAAUGAAUCAACCCAAAAACAACAAAAAUAUAAUCAAAAAUAUCAAAAAUAUAAUCAAAGGCUUGCUAAUAUGCAGAAAAGAAUUGAUGGGAUAUUUUUUUAGAAUACGGCACUGCAAAGAUUACUAUGAAAUUUUGAAUGUAAAGAAAAAUGCUAAUGAAACAGAUCUGAAGAGGGAGUAUCGGAAGCUGGCACUGCAACUUCAUCCUGACAAAUGUCGAGCACCCGGUGCUACUGAAGCUUUCAAAGCGCUUGGAAACGCGUACGCUGUUUUGUCGAACAAGGAGAAACGUGCGCAGUAUGAUCUCUAUGGUGCAGAAGGGCCACGGAGGCGAAGCAGUCAUUACGAAGAUGAGUUCAGUGAAUAUGACUACGGCAGAGGCUUUGAAGCGGAAUUCACUCCAGAAGAAAUUUUCAAUAUGUUUUUUGGCGGCGGCUAUCCUGCAGGCCAUCUAAACAGACGUCAACGUGGAGCCCACUAUCAUUUUCAGCAUCAUUCAACACAGCAAGAACAGCCUUCGUAUGCAUCUAUUCUGCAGCUUUUACCCCUGUUCGGAGUGCUUUUGCUUGGUCUUAUUGCUCAGCUAAUGGUAGGCGAUCCAGCAUUCUCACUUCAUCGGACCAGGUGUGUUUCCGAAGUUCUCUCUCUCUCUAAAAAGCAUCUUAUAUUACAAGUAGCACUCUCUGGCCAAUUACUGCAGCCUCUAUGCUCUCUCUGGCAAAUCUCUAACCGUUUCAUAAACUGCCGUGUCAACAUAGCCCACCACCCCAACGUGACAGUCUUUUCGUAGUU